UGCGUCUGGCUCGCUCCAUCGUUUCACUUUCUAUCUCUAUCUCAUCUGUGUUUUCUCUUGGCCGGAAAUGGCGGCGGCCGGCGGUGGCGAGGGGGAGAGAGUGAUGCAUGUGCUGGCGGUCGAUGAUAGCUCCGUCGACCGUGCGGUCAUCGCCAGGCUGCUGCGUAAUUUUAAGCAUAGAGUGACGACUGUGGAGAGCGGGGUGCAGGCGCUCGAGAUGCUCGGCUUGGAACCGAAUGUGAAUAUGAUAAUUACCGAUUACUGGAUGCCAGAAAUGACGGGUUUCGAGCUUCUAAAGAGGAUCAAGGAAUCAAAAGACCUGAAGAGGAUUCCGGUGGUCAUCAUGUCGUCUGAGAACGUCCCCACCAGAAUCAGCAUGUGCAUGAAGGAAGGGGCGGAGGAUUUUAUUCUGAAGCCCGUGCAGCAGUCUGACGUGUCGAGGGUGUGCAGCCGGAUCAUGCGAUGAAAUGACAGCCGUUUGAUGAGUGAUGGACGGUUGGAUGAGUUCUAACUGUUUAUUUAUUCUGAGUUGUCUGGUUACAGAGAUUUUAGGCACUUUAUUUCUUUUGGUUUUCUUCAAUAUGGAUUGUUGGGGAAUUAAUUUUGCUUGAG